AUGCUCUCUCUUUUCAUGCCCACUCUUUUUGGUAAUGCUUUCUUUUUUGUUUUUUCCCCUUUUUUGAGGCAUUAUCUCUCUGUUGGUUUCUUCUUUUGUCCCCUUUUCACUUUUGGUGCACUUUUCUCUUUUAAUGCACCCCACUUUUUAAAAGCCCCCUGUCUCUUUUUGUGUCUCCUUUUCUUUUUUCGUGCCCCCUUUCUCUUUUGGUGCCCCCUUUCUCUUUUGAUAUCUUCCUUCUUAUUUUUCCUUAAUCAUUGUUUCUUUCCCUUUGUUUUUUACCUACCUUUCUUCUUUCUUUCCUACUUUUUUACUUUCCUACAUUUUUUUUUCUUCACUUCCUUCCUUCUUUUUUCUUUCUUUUUAAUUUUUCCUGUCUGUCUUUCAUUUUUCCUUUUAUUUUUCUUCAUUCUUUUUCAUUUCUUCUUUUUUCCUUCUUACUUUCAUUUUGCUUCCUUUCUUUACUCUUCUUUCUUUCAUUUCUUUUUACUUCCUUCUUUUUUCCUCCUUUCUCCCUCUUAUUUUGUUUAUCCUUUCUUUUUCCUUUCAUAUUCAAUUUUUCCUUUCUUUUAUUCCUUUCUCUUUUUUUCUCCCAAUUUUCUUUUCCUACCCUCUUUUCAUUUCUCUUUCUUUGGUUUUAUCUUUCUUUUUCCAUCUUUUUUUCUUUCUUUUUUCCUUUUUUUUCUUUCUCCUAUCAACCUUUUGAUUUCUUUUUUCUUUCAUUUUUUCCUUCAUCAGUUUUGUUUUGUUUUUCUUUUCUUAUUUUUCUAUCAUCCUUUUCUCAUACAGUGUAUCUCAGUUUCUUCUUUUACCCUCUUUUACAUCAACCUCUUUUUCUCUUUCUUCUCUUUUCUUCCCUUCUGUCUACAUUUACAUUCUUUUCUUCAUUUCCUUCAUUCUUUCUUCUUAUUUGUUCUUUCCUUCCUUUCUUCCUUUAGUUUCUUCUUUCAUUUUUUUAUUCUUCUAUGUUUUCUUUCUUUUUUCUUUUCCUUUUUUUCUAUAUCCGACCACCAUUUCUUUCUCUCCCUUAUUGUAUGUUUGUUCAUUUCUUACUUUUCUUCUUUUUUCCUUGUUUCUCUGUUUCUAUCAACCUUUUUUCAUACAUACUUAUUCUAUUCUGUCUUUCUGUCUUUCCUUCUUUUCCUCAAUACUGUUCAUCUCUUCCUCCUUUUCUUAUGUCCCCUCCAUUCCUUCUUUCUUUUCCUCUAUCAUUUUCUUUUGUUCUUUUCUUUUCUGUCUUUCUUCUCUUCUUUCAUGUUUAUUCACUUCUCCCCUUUUUCUUCCUUUCUUCUUUUCUAUCAAUCUUUUCUUAUAUUUUUCUUCUUUUUCUUUCUUUUCCGCUCACCUUUUUCUUGCUUUUCAUUUUCUUAUUUCUUAAUUUUCUUUCUUCCCUUCCUUUCUUCAUUUCCUAUCUCUUUCUUCCCUCCUUUUCUCCUACUUUCUUCUCACUUCUUACAAUUUUCCUUCUUUCUUUUCUUCAUGUCAGAACACUUACUAUUUUUUUCUUCAACUUUUUCUCAUGCAGAAUUUCUCCUUUUCUCCUUCUUUUUCUUUCAAAUAACUUUUUCUUUCCUUUACCUAUCCUUCUUUUAUUCUGUUUUAUUUUUUUUAUCUUUCUUUACUUAUUUUCUUCUCAUAUUGUUCUUUCCCUUUACACUUUUUCUUUCUUUCUUUCUUUCUUUCUUUCUUUCUUUCUUUCUUUCUUUCUUUCUUUCUUUCUUUCUUUCUUGCUUGCUUGCUUUCUUUCUUGCUUUUUUUCUUUCUUCUUCAUCACUUCAUCUCUUUCUUUUUGCUAAUUCCAUUUUUAUAUUCUUCUGUCCUCCUUUUUGCUUUCUUUUAUACCUCUUUUAUUUCAUCUACUUUAUUACUUUUCCUUUCUUUUUUCCUUUCUUUUUCCUUUAUUUUAUGCACCCUUUAUUACUUUUCCUCUUCCUUCCUUCCUUCCUUCCUUCCUUCCUUCCUUCCUUCCUUCCUUCCUUCCUUCCUAAGCCUUAUUUCCUUUCUUCUUCCAUUCCUUCCUUCCUUCCUUCCUUCCUUCCUUCCUUCCUUAGCCUUAUUUCCUUCCUUCUUCCAUUCCUUCCUUCCUUCCUUCCUUCCACCCUCCUUCCUUCCUUCCUUCCUUCCUUCCUUCCUUGUUGCUAUUUAUUUUUCUACCAUUCUUUUUUUUCUUCCUUCAUUCUCUGUUUUCUCUCUCUUCUUUCUUUCUUUCUUUCUUUCUUUUUUCCCCUCUCCCUUCCUUUCUGUCUCACUUUCAGGUUCUGCAUGGGAAGACAUGGUUUUAAAGAUGGUUUUUGUAUGUAUUCUUCUAUGGGUAUUUUUGUUUGCUUUCAUAUUGUUUGUUACUGUUGCAAAAAGGAUAGUUUUUGCUGA